CGAGAAAUAUAUAAAUUAUAAAAUUUGGAUAUUUUUUUUUUUCAAGCGAUAACACGCGUGGAUACUUUCUUAUCAAAUGGUUUUUUUAUUUUUGUUUCGUACCUUCUGUAAAUGGUCAUUUUUAAUCUAAAAAAUAAAAAUUCUGAAUCACCUCCCGUGACAAACAAGCAACGUGUUAAAAAUUAUUUUGUUCAUUUUAGUUUCAUCUAUCACCUUGAAGAACAUCAGUAGUCAUCAGUUGGAUCAGUAGUCAACAACCACCUCACCCAGCAACAAGUUACAAAAAGUUUCAACAAUAGAAUACUUUAAUUAAUUUUGUAUCAUUCAGUUGCAAUAAUUAAUCAACAUGAAGAUGCUUAUUGGACUGCUCAUUUGCUCAAGCAUCAUGCUCAUCUCUGGUGCUGUUGAUAAAGACAAAAAUAUCCAGAACAAACCUGUGCCUUUGUCACCCACGUCAUCAAAUUCAUCCAAUACAAAAUUGAAUACAACUCAAACAAAAAAUUCAUCAACAACUUCAAUGCCAGCACUCUCAAUAAAUUCAACAACUCCGAUGCCAAGCUCACCAACAACUUCAAUGCCAACACACACAACAAAUUCAACAACUCUCAUGGCAAAUUCAUCAACUCUGAUGGCAAAUGUAUCAACAACUUCAAUGCCAGGACUCUCAACAAACACAACAACUGUGAUGCCAAGCUCACCAACAACUUCAAUGCCAACACUUACAACAAAUGCAACAUCUCUCAUGGCAAAUUCAUCAACAAAUCCAACACCAGUACCUUCAACAAAUUCAUCAACAAAUUCAUCAGCACCAAGUGACUCAACAGUAACUCAAGAUUCUCAAUUCGUUUUCACGUCUAAAGUGAUACUUAACAUGACACAAGUACAUACAAAAUCAAAAUCUCAAACAACAUUCACAUAUGGAAAAACAAAAGUCACAACAUUAUCCGUGGAUGGAGACAGAAACAUUCAUGAAACAAUUAAAAAAACAGGAGAGACGAUUGCAGAAAUUGAAGACGAAAAAGUACCAACUGAUGAAUGGAAAAUCGAUGGUUCUAAUGGAUCAUCUAUUACUGUUCAAUUGAAUGCUGUUAUUGAAGCCUCAUAUAGUUAUGCUAAUAAAUCUUCAGAGCUUAUAGCCUCUUCAAUGUAUUUACCAAGACAUAAUAUGACACAAGUCAGUGGUAAUUGUGAUGGAGAAAUUAAAAGUAUCAAAAUUUCAUGGGCAGAUUCAUCAACAAAUUGGAUUGAACUUUCUUUUGCAAAAAUAGAUAAUAAAAAUGUUACUGUAUAUCGUCUUUCAAACUUGAUUGUGUCUGCAUCUUCAUUGGCUCUUGAAGAUUUCAAAAUGAAUAUAUCAACACCCGAAGAAUAUUUGAUAAGAGAAUGUAAAAAAGUUAAUGAAACAUGCAGAUACCAUUUUGAUGAACAAGUCAUCCGAACAUCAAAUAACACUGAACGAAUGACUCAUUUGAUUGUGAAUAAUUUGGAGUUUUAUAUUACUGAAAAUCCAGAUACACUUGAGGAAAUUCCAUAUGGAUUUGUGUAUCCAGGAUAUACUGCUUCAAUUGGAAUUGGUUUUCUUGUACUUGUUCUGUUCAUCGUAAUUUGUAUUGCCAUUUAUAAAUGUGGUAAAUAUCGUGGCUAUAAAAUGGUCAACAGAAUAUAAUUGACUAAUUAAACAAAUGAAUUAUUAAUCCAAAUUAAUAAUUUGUUACAAUUUUUUUUCAAAUUUUAUUAAUCAAUUUAAAUGAUUACUUUUUAAAUUUUACUUUUUCUUUUCAAAAAAUAUAAUUUUUUCUUUUUAUUAAAAUUAAAAUAUAAUAAUUCAAUUAUUAAAAAUAUAAAUAAAAAAUAUUCAUGUAUACUUUUAAAACAAAUAAAUAUUAAAAAUGUUUAUGUAAA